AGAUCCGGGUGUUUUUAAGAGUUCUUCACCUUAAAUUCUUUCUGAAAAUGAGCGAAAGAGCUGAUACGGAAAGUGCACCACAGCGAACGACGAACGAGUUGCCGGAAAGCGCUGGCGAGGAAACACACGACAAACACUAUUCCGAUGCGUCCGAUACGGAUUCCAUAAAUCGGUACUGUCCUUAUGCGCACUACAGGCCACGAGUAGGAAGCGGCUCGGAUUAUGAUAACGAUGACUCAGAUGAUGAGGAUCCCUAUCAGGAGCUGUUUAUGAACGCGUACCGGUCGGCACCAGCGUCCUCGGAAGAUGAAGACGAAGAACCGGCACUGGAAUUCAGCCACCCCGAUGCAAAGCCGCUCUCACUCAUGGACGAUGCAGAUCUGUGGGAUCAUAUGGACGAAAAUGAAUUGAAGGAACGGCUAAAGGAUCAUCCACGGUUGUUGGAAGAAAUCACGCGUAAGCGGAAACGCCGAAUGCUGGAACAAGAAGGGGAAGCCAACGAUGAUCUGGGUGAUGUUCUGGACCGGUUCACAAAGCAUAUCCGGAUGGAUCCCACGAGACUCAGCUGAUACGUGAACGCUGUGAUCUGGCGGUUGCUGUAAACGUGAAUUUGUCUGUUAAGAACAGUGAUAAUUAUUGUUGUAAGAAUUAGAGAUUGAACUAGACGUAUCGUCAGGAGUGUAGGUUGAUGAUUUGAAUUACCAGCAGCACAUUUCCUAUCACGAAUAUUUAAAAUGCAUAAGAAAGAGGAAAGAGAAUCAAAACUGGUUGCCUUAAAAAAUGAUAGGGAAUUAAGUUGCUGGUGAAGCCAACAAUUGGCCAUAAAAGAUCUUAUAUAAUGUGUAUCGGAAAAAACAACCGCAGAUGUGGUCCAGUUCUGUCUUGCGGCGUGUAGAUUCCCUGAAUCCUCCUGAAUGAA